UUACCAGACGACGUUGGAUUAAAUUAAAUUGUUGCAUCUGCUUUUAAUGGACGGAAACUAUGUGAAUUUAAUUUGUUCCAUGCACGCACCUUCAUUCAUGAUCAAAAGACGAAAUCUCUUGUCCAGUCCAGUAUAUAUAUAUAUAUAUAUAUAUCAAUCAUCGAUGAUCGGCAUAGAAAAUGUCGUCUGCAAUUCUCUCUCUCUCUCUCUCUCUCUCUCUAUAUAUAUAUAUAUUUAUUAUAGUCCUAUAAAUCAAACUGAUCAAACCAAGCUUAAUUUACCUACGUACGUACGAGUUCGCCAUCCAUGGCUAGCCGAAGCUUCACAUCUCUCCUCCUCCUCCUCUCCUUCUCCUUCUGCAUGUUCAUCUCUUCAGUCGCUCCAUCACUAUUGUCGGCCCCUCCACCGUUGGUUCCGAUUUCGUCCCCGCCGCCAUCAUCUGUUCUUCCUCCACCUCCGGCUCGGGCAAUCAAAGCAGCUUACUGGCCGUCCACGAGUGGAUUUCCGGCGUCUUCCAUCGACACAUCUUACUUCACUCAUAUCUACUACGCCUUCGUCCUGCCUGAACCCACGACCUACAAGCUCAACAUCACGCCAUUCGACCAACAAAACAUCCCCGGCUUUAUGGCCGGGAUCCAAACCCGGAACCCAACCGUCAAGGCUCUACUAUCCAUAGGCGGAGCCGGUAACGACAAGGCUGUGUUCUCGCCAAUGGCCGCAGGCGACUCAACCCGCACCGUGUUCAUCAACUCCACCAUCGAGGUCGCCCGAAAAUAUGGCUUCGACGGCGUCGACCUGGGCUGGGAGUUCCCGGCGAAUGACGAAGACAUGGCCAACCUUGCUUUGCUUUUCCAGCAAUGGCGGCAAGCGAUUGAAAUCGAAGCCAACGCCACCGGGAACUGCCGGCUGCUCUUAACGUCGGCGGUUUAUUAUGCUUCAAAGAUUACCCUUCUCGGUGAGCCUCGGAAGUAUCCCGGCGAAGCUAUCGGAAAAUACUUGGAUUGGAUCAGCCCAAUGUGCUAUGAUUAUCACGGGUCGUGGGCCAACGCCACAGGCGAGCAUUCGGCCUUGAAUGACCCGUUUACUAAUACUAGUACUCGCUUUGGGAUUAGGUCAUGGAUCCGGGCCGGAGUGCCGCCCGAGAACAUAGUCAUGGGCAUGCCCUUGUAUGGCCGGACUUGGAAGCUCCAAGAUCCGAGUUUGCAUGGUAUCGGGGCACCGGCGGUAGGGGCAGGACCUGGAGGCGGCAUAUUAGGUUAUUCUCAGAUUUUGGAUUUUAACACUCAAAAUAACGCAACCGUGGAAUUUGACAAAGUGAGUGCUUCUUUCUACUCUUAUGCUGGGGACUCAUGGAUCGGGUAUGACGAUGUGGGAUCCGUGAAGUUGAAGGUCCGGUUUGCUAGGAAGCGGAGCUUGGGUGGAUAUUUCUUUUGGGCUAUUGGACUGGAUAAGGAGUGGACCCUCCCGAGAGAAGCUUCAGAUGCAUGGGGAUAUUGAAGGCCUCUUAUCUGUCUCUUACUUAUGUUUUUCUAAUAAAUAAGGUGGCGUUUUUAUUGUUUUUCUUUCUCUCCUCUCCUCUCCUCUCGUGUUUAGUUUCAUUUUAAGCUUGUUCAUGGAUUUGAUCUCAAACAUUUCACAUGAUUAUUAUUCUUUCUUGGAAUAAUUAGCAAUCUAAUGUCACAUUUUCUUUAUAUAUAUUAAAGUAAAAUAAAAAUAAAAAGCUCCAACCGACGUGGUGGGAGCUUACCGCCAGAACCCCUAUUGCUGGAGUUCCAACAAACAGAGAAAGAGAGAGAAGACUGGAAGAAGAACUAUAUAUAUAUAUAUAUAUAUAUAUACCCAGUGUUGAUUUUUAGGAGAGGAGGAGG